AUGGGUGCCGAACAGUCGACAUAUGAGGGUCCUCCGGAGAUCCUGGAGGCGAGAGAUUUGUCAUCGGUGGCCAAGUAUAUGAAAUCGAGUGAAUGCAGGAAUGUGUUCGUCAUGCUAGGUGCUGGUGUGAGCACCUCCGCCGGCAUACCCGAUUUCAGAUCGCCAGAAACGGGAUUAUAUGCAAAUCUCGCACGACUCAACCUCCCUUAUCCUGAGGCCGUCUUUGAGAUCAAUUUCUUCCGAGAGAACCCAAAGCCAUUUUAUACCCUCGCUCGCGAGCUUCUUCCAGGACGAUUCCGCCCUACGCCAACACAUUCCUUCAUCCGCCUCCUCGCCGACCGCUCCCUCUUGCAUACAUGCUUCACCCAGAACAUAGACACCCUAGAGCGUCGUGCUGGUGUCCCUUCUCACAAGAUUGUGGAGGCUCACGGAAGCUUCGCCAGUCAGCGAUGUAUAGAUUGCAGCACGGUGUAUGACGACGAGAAGAUGAGGACGAGCCUGAAGACGGGCGUCAUAGCCGUUUGCCCCGAGUGCGAAGGGCUGGUCAAACCAGAUAUCGUCUUCUUUGGAGAAGCGCUUCCGCAGCGUUUCCACCAUUCUGUACCACAGCUUCGCAAGGCUGAUUUGCUCUUCGUGAUCGGUACCUCUUUGACCGUGCAGCCGUUUGCGUCGCUCGCUACGUUGGUGCCCGAUCAUUGCCCCCGAGUACUCAUAAAUCUCGAUGCCGUCGGUGAUCUCGGCAGUAGGGGAGACGAUGUACUAUGUUUAGGGAAGUGCGACGAGGUGGUCAGAGACCUCUGCAAAGCACUGGGCUGGGAGGCGGAGUUGGACGCCGCAUGGAAAGCGACAGAGAACAGCGUGGUUGAUUUUGACGAAAUCCCUCCAGUAGAUGCUCAGCCGGAUAAAGGGGAGGACCAACGGCUACGGGAGGAAGUGGAAGAUAUUACAGAGAAACUUGAACGGAUUCUCGGUGCUAAGUUCCAAGAGGAUUCGCAGACAUCUGAAGAUGGUAGCGAAUCGCGAGCUGAAUCAUCAGCACCCGCUAGCGAAGAAAUUCCACUAGUUCAAGAAGAUAACCAACCAUUGGAGGUCAAGGUCUUUGUGCAAAAGAAUACUGACGAACCUAAGGAGAAGCUAUAA